GUGACGAAGACGACAGUUAUACUCAGCAAGCCUGAUGACUGGGAGAGAUGGCUGUUUGUCAGAAAGGACACAGCAGACAGAGACGGCCUGUGGCCGUACGUUGACCCAGGGCUAUCAGCAGAGGAGCUGAGGAAGCUACAAGACGAGAAGCCACAGGAGAAGCCUUUGUGGAGGUUCAAGAAGACACAGGUAUCUGAGGAAGAGCAGGAAGAUAUUGAUAUCGAGGAUCUAUCUGCUGAAGAGAUAUCUGUAUACAACGUGUGGACUAGGAAGUACGAGCGUGACGAGGCAAGAUGGCUGCAGAAAGAGAAGGCCUUGAGGAGCUUCAACUCUGAGAUUGCUAGAACGAUCAACGUCAAGCAUCUAGAUCUUAUUAUCGACUGCUCAAGCCCGUACAGUCGAUUGACAACGCUGAAGAAGCACCUCUGUCCAUCAGUAGGUGAGCGAAACCACCAGCUACGCAGCCGCUACAGAGCUGUCUGUACGAGGCCAAGGAAAGCGAAUCUGGACACGUGGCUUGAUGAGUGGGUGACAAUUACCAGACUCCUGAGAGAAGCCAAGAUGCCAGAAGUUGACGGCAAUCGAGCGCAAGAGGACUUCAUACUGUCGAUCAGGGGACUUGACGACAGCUGGGCAGCUACGCAGCUGCAGGAGCUUGUCAAGAAGGACCACCAAGGAGAGCAGUACAAGUCAACUACUAAUCUUGUGGCUGAAUUUCGGUCCUACUAUCGGUGCACACGCCCAAUUGCCUCAUCUAUUGGCACAUUUGCGACGUUGGGUGUAGCAGAGAGCUUAGACGGCCCGAUAACCCCAAGAGGAUCUGCACAACGCGUAAUUUGCCUCUGCGGAGAUAGUCACAUGUUUAAAGACUGUCUUUACGUCAACCACAGUCUAAGGCAGCUAAACUGGCAGCCAGACAAGGCAAUUAAAAAAGAGUUUAAUCAGCUGCGUAAGGCUGAUAGCACUGUAGCUAGAGUGCUCCGACGCACAGAAGCUCAGCUAAGGAAGCAGAACAAGCUGUCAGGGGGCGUUAAGAAACAGUCAGUAAUCAGUAUGGAUGACGGCCAGCCAAUUCAAAGCACAACACACUGCAACGCAAUGCUGCAGGCUACAGCUGUAGCUAACCAAGCUCAGCCGCCACUGCUCACUAGGUGGAUACUAGAUCCAGGUUCGAACUGUCACGGAGAGCCUACAGACUACGUCUACGCAGGAGGAGUGCUAGCCCAGAUAGAAGAAUGGGGCGAAGUAGUGCUCAGCGUAAAGACGCCAACAGGACAGAGCCAGAUGAAGCUGACGUACGUGGCUUAUAUCCCGGGCUUCUUCACAAGCGUUGUAGGACUGUCGCGUAGCAGGCCUCUAGGAGUUCACUUCGACUCUGGCCGUGACUGCCUGUAUCAGGGCGAGCAGUCAAACGUAAUAUGCCUGCUGCAGUAUCAGGAUGGGCACUGGCUAAUUGAUGACGAGAAG